GGCUCUCCUGCUCUUCUCUCUCAUCCAGGGUUCUAGUCAAAAAAGUGAUGAUGAUUAUGAAGAUUAUACAACUAACAAAACCUGGGUAUUGACUCCCAAAGUUCAUGAAAGUGAUGUUACUCUUAUUUUAAAUGGUCUGCUGGAAGGAUAUGACAACAAGCUAAGGCCAGAUAUAGGAGUGCAACCAACAGUAAUUCACACAGAUAUGUAUAUCAAUAGCAUUGGUCCGGUGAAUGCUAUCAAUAUGGAAUAUACAAUAGAUAUAUUUUUUGCUCAAACCUGGUAUGACAGACGACUACGGUUCAAUAGCACUAUUAAAGUUCUAAGGCUGAACAGCAACAUGGUUGGGAAGAUCUGGAUACCUGACACAUUCUUCCGAAACUCAAAAAAGGCUGAUGCUCAUUGGAUAACAACACCUAAUCGGAUGCUUCGGAUCUGGAAUGAUGGCAGAGUGCUAUACACAUUAAGAUUGACAAUAGAUGCGGAGUGUCAGCUACAGCUGCACAACUUCCCCAUGGAUGAACAUUCUUGUCCACUGGCGUUUUCAAGCUAUGGUUACCCAAAGGAAGAAAUUAUCUACAUGUGGAAGCGCAGUUCAGUGGAAGUGGGAGAUACUAGGUCCUGGAGGCUCUAUCAGUUCUCAUUUAUUGGCCUCAGAAAUACAACUGAAGUGGUGCCAACAACUUCAGGAGAUUAUGUGGUCAUGGCAGUCUACUUUGAUCUAAGCAGAAGGAUGGGCUACUUCACCAUUCAGACUUAUAUUCCCUGCACACUCAUUGUAGUGCUAUCUUGGGUCUCUUUUUGGAUUAACAAGGAUGCAGUUCCAGCCAGAACAUCUUUGGGUAUCACAACUGUCCUGACAAUGACCACUCUCAGUACAAUUGCUCGCAAAUCUCUCCCCAAAGUGUCUUAUGUGACGGCAAUGGAUCUCUUUGUAUCAGUUUGCUUCAUUUUUGUUUUUUCUGCUCUGGUGGAGUACGGGACUCUUCAUUAUUUUGUCAGUAACAGAAAGCCAAGCAAAGAUAAAGACAAAAAGAAGAAAAACCCUGCACCUACAAUUGAUAUCCGUCCAAGGUCAGCUACUAUUCAGAUGAACAAUGCUACGCACCUCCAAGAACGGGAUGAAGAAUAUGGAUAUGAAUGUCUUGAUGGCAAGGACUGUGCAAGCUUUUUCUGCUGCUUUGAGGAUUGCCGAACAGGAGCAUGGCGGCAUGGGAGAAUACAUAUCCGCAUUGCCAAAAUGGACUCAUAUGCCCGUAUAUUUUUUCCAACUGCAUUCUGUUUAUUUAAUCUGGUCUACUGGGUGUCCUACCUUUAUCUUUAAACAAGCAGAAAGAAAAUUGGUGAUAUGAGCCUUAUUCUUGGAAUUUAUCAGAAAGAUGGUUUCCUGUAUAAAUCCACUUUAAUGCCGUGACCUGAUGGCUGUAGUGCACAUGAGGGGUCUUCAACAUACACACAUGGGCUUUUCUGCAAGUAGAAGUAUCCCAUUCUCUUCUAUGCCAAGGAAUACUUUGCACAUGCACCAUUAUGCCCACAGGGCAUUCCUUGACACGUGAAGGAGUGGAUCCGCCUUUGGUCAUUUAAACUCCACUGUGCAUUAGAGUUUCAUAGAACUUUAUGACACAUUUUGCAGUGGUCUGAAUUAUUUAGUGCCCUAAGCCAGUAAAUAUAUCGUUGUCCAAGACUACUGUAAAAUUAUUGUGGUUUGAACACUAUCAUUCUAUAUUUUAAGCAAUCUGAUAUGCAAAAAACAAACAAGGAUGACAUAGAAAUGUACCAAUGAAUCUGAGAGGUACAAUAAGGAGAAGACCCACAAACCAUUUGAUUUUGGGUAUUAUAACAACGGCUAUGAAAUAAAAUCAAAGAGUAAACACACCAUACAGUUCGUUAGCAUUUGCUAUAAAUAUGUGAUAUCUUUGUCAUCUGUGGGCUUUUCUUUUUGGAAGAGUCACCUCUCACUUCAGAUCAAUUUAAGUCUAGGGGGGGAAAUAGCUUUUCUUUACAUCCAAAUAAAAAUAGAACUUUUGGGUGAACUCCCUAAAAGCACAUGUACAAAUGUUGUAAAUAUUUCAGUACCUUGUACUUGGGUCUAGUGCAUGAAGAUGGCGGUGGGGGGAACAAAUGGAGCAAAGGUACCAUAUACAACAUAAUAUUUUAUUUCAUAUCCCUGGCUUUGCUAUUAGAGCAGAAAAUAUGGAUUAAAAUCUUUUUCCAUCACAAAUGUCUUCUCUCUCAUGCAUGUAAGAUUUGAACAGACAGCACUUUCUAUAAGAAGUUAGACAAGUCUUAAGAACUUGAGCGAAACAUGAUCCGUACAGAGCACAUCAGUAAGACCAAUAUAAAUAAUACCAUCAUCUAUAGACUAGCUCCGGGUUUUUGCUGCUGUUUUAUUCCUAAUUUUCCAUAGCAACUGCAACUGCAAUUAUUAUGCCCUGCAAGAUUGGCUGUGGUCUUAUAAAGCAUUUGUUUGCAGUGAACUGAUCGUUCCCCACUCUGAAUGCUGAUCAUUUGCACCUAGAAUAUUUUGCUGAAAUGCAUGAUCCAUCUGAAUAAACCAGAGCUGAAUAUAGCUGUUGCUAUAUUUGCUGUUUCACAAAUGCAGCAAACAUUUGUUUUCCAGGCAGAUGUUCAGACAUUUUCACUUUUGCAAAUAUACAGAUCCACUGUUCACCAUGCAUUUGUGUUUUUCACCUCUCUCCUGAUUGGUUAUGAUAUAGAGUCUACCCAUUCCAUAGCUAGUAUGCGAAUUAGAGGCAAAUGAACAACAAAAACAAAAAGAGGGAGAAGGGAAGGGGUGUCUUUGUUAACAAACCAUAUCUGUGUUUGUAUGUGUGAAUUAAAUUAACAA